AUGCUUAUUGUGCUUCAUCAAAGUCUAGCAUUGUUAAAAAGUAGGCAGGCGGCUGCAAAGAUUGAUUCUCUCUCUCUCUAUGUAGAAACUAAAACUAGGGUUGGUGCAAAGUUCAAGAUAUUGGCAAUUUGUACUAACAAACUCAACUGUUCUAAUUCUAGAAUUCAAGAUUCGGUCACAGACGUCGUGAUUAGGACUAAUAAUAUAGAUUGUAGCAUGGAGAAGACUUGUUUGAGUGCAAACAAGAUUGGCAAGUGGGGCUGUAACUGCUUCGACUUGGAGUUGGAGGGUGACCACUCGUGUUGUGAGUCAACAUGGCAUCCAAAAUAUUAUACUUGUAGCUUUUGCAAGAGAGAAUUCCGGUCAGCUCAAGCUCUUGGAGGUCAUAUGAAUGUUCAUAGGAAGGACAGAGCCAGGUUGAGAUUGUUAUCUUCGUGGGUUGUAGAAUAUCGGAACGCUAACAAACACAACUCUAACCCUGACCCUAUUUCUUCACCAUCUAAUUCAAUACCCUCUCAUUCUGUUAACUUGUCAGUCUAUCCCCAUCAUUCCAUGCUUUCUCCACUCUUCAGUACUCCUUCCUCUUCGCUUUUACCCUAUGGUGAAAACCGAAGAAAGCCUUUGAUCCCUCAACUUGGAGAUUUGUCAAAAGAGAAGACGAUGAUACCUUUUCUUGGGGUUGAAAAAUUGAAGAGGCAUGCACAAAAUUAUGAGCUUGAGGUUGGUGGAGUUACUGGCUUAUUAGACUUGGAGAGAGGGCUCGAAGAUUCAAAGGAGGUUUUAGAUUUGGAGCUUCGACUCGGCCAUCUUUAAGUGCUAUGUUUCUAAUUCCAGGCAGUAUUGUGGCUCUAUCUGAUUUUAUGUAUCUUCUUUCAUCAUGUAGGUUGCAUUUGCUUUUUCUAUUUUUUCUCUGUACUCGAAAAUUUUCUUUGCUUCCCCACAUGUAGCCUUCUCAUCCAACAGAUAGAAAAGUUCAGGAUAAGCCUUGAUGAUGAAGGUUGUCAAUAUAUUAAGCAAUAUUAUACUGAUAUUAGGACUACAAUUAGUGUUUUAGCAAAUAUGGUUCUUGCUUAAUGAGCUUGAAUAGACAUCCUUACUUUUCUUCU